AACAAAUAUUAAUUAAACUCAAUAUUUUAAUUACAUUUAAUAUUUUAGAAAUUUAUAUACCUACUGGAUAUCAGAAAAUGUAAACAUUAUAACCUGUUGAUUAAAUGCAGUCUCAUAUAUUGUUUAUGUCGCUUAUUAAUUCAGAAUUAUAUAAAACGAAAAUAUGGAGCUUGAGAAGGAAGCAGCAUUUGAUAUGAACAAAGAGAAAGCAAAAUUAUUCAAGACAAAAAUAAAGCAGCUUGCUGAAUAUAAUGAGAUAGUUUCGGCCGAGACUAUCAAUGCGAUCGGAGAUGUUACGAAAGAUGUUACGAAAGCUAUGACCAAGGAUGAUGCACCGAGCAGCGACGAGUUCGAUGAGGAUCUAGAAGAAGAAUAUCGGAACUUGAAUAACAUGCUCGAUUUACCGAACGAUACUUACUCUCUUACUAAAAUUACAGCGGAGUUACCAUUGUGUGUCAAGUAUGGUGUUCGUUCCGGCCUCAUUCACUCGAACAUGCCGUAUUUCUCACCGUUAUCUAGAGGUUAUCAGGGUGGCGCCAUAGCGAUUGCAGCUUUUGCCACGACCGGAAUUCACAAAUCUCGCUAUUGGAACGAAGCGAUAAUCGAUCAAAUUGUCGAGGACGGCGACACUUUUUAUUGUGAGUCCUACAAAGACGUGAACACGGACGAUCGCCGGACAAUGACCAUCCUCGACUUGAAAAGGAUUCUUCUUCUUCAGAAAAAGUUUAAUGUGGAAGUUAAGAUUGAGGAUCCAGUAUACGCUGGGAAGUUUCGUUCGCGCAAUCCGAUAGAGCUUCAUCUGGCAAAAGCUUUAGAACUAUUUUUUGAGCGACACAAUGCCGGGAUCCUGACAUCACCGGUCCUCAAUAUAGCGAUCUGGAAGAAUUCGAAGUAUUACUAUAUAUUUGAUGGUCAGGCGCGACGAGAAAGCGGCAAUCCAGCAGUCGAUAGAGUCAGUGGAUCAGCCAAACUGUUUCUCGUGAAAGACUUGAUAGGAUUACUGUUUAUCAUUCUUGAGAAGAGUAACGUGCAAAACGAAUCCUUCGUAAUUUAUCCUAUAUUCAUCAACAAUGUCGAAAUGAUUUUACCAGAAGAUGCCGAGGAGGCCGCGAAGAUAGUUGAAAAGCCGCGAAGAAGACCGAGCGGUUAUAAAAUUUAUGAAAAAUAUCGAGCUAUCGUACAGGGUUCUUAUCAUCUAACGCAUCCCGCCAUCCCGGAAGCUCUGCGAGGUAAAGGACAUCUGAUUAUAGCUAUGGCAGCCUUGAUAUAUUCUCGACUGAUUAAUGCCAACAAGUGGACGACCGCUUUAAUCAAUCUGAUUUUUAAUCAGGCCAAUAUUUAUCUAAUUGAUCUGGUCAGAGUUCUGGAGAAGAAAUUCGACAAUGAAUUUGAACUUUGUUUGGAUGAUUUAAUGAGCGAUAUUAUUCUCGGAGUAUAUUCCGCCAAGGUAAAGGUAGAUGCGAAUGUAAUAUCGAGUCAAACGCAGAAGAAUCUUAUUGAGAUUGGUAUAAAAGAGUUCUUUGAGACGCAAGAACUCGGAAUACUUGAGAUCAAGAAAAUCUUUUACGCGAUCUGGAAGGAUGAUGACUCGUAUUACUUCUUUAAUCCAUUUGCUUGUGACGAUGAGGGUUUCAGGAUAGAUUACAGUGAUACAGAACGCACACAUGAUACUACCAGAGAUGUUGCUUGCGUUACCAUGAAUAAUACCGUAAAUGACGUGGUGGAGAUAGUGCUAGAGAAUAUUGGCAAUGAGGAAAGCGAUCCUUUCUUAAUACACGGAGUCAAGGUGCUUUAUGUCAAGACUGGAGUGACGCCAAGUGGGCCGUUCGAAAAAGUAAUUUAUCGAGAGAGUGGUACAAACCGUAGACCGCGAAUGCCAUCCCCGAUACCAAUGGAUACGACAAAAAUUGAUUUGAUUGAUGUGACACCACGCUUGCGACCAGAGUUUAAGGCAGAUGUGUCUAUUCAAUAUCCGGAGCUUAUGCAGGAUAUAGAUCAAUACAUGAUGACGGUUGAUGAACCAGUAACUUUUAUAAUUGCCCAAGAAAAAGCUAAGAAAAUAAAGAAAAUAGAAGAAGAGGAAGAAAAAGAAAAAGAAGAGGAGGAGGAGGAAGAAGAAAUAGAAGUAGAUGUUAUCAAAGGAUAUGACCUAAUAAACAAUCACUGUCUUAAUGUUCGCGGUACCAAGACUUGUAUGGAUAUCACGUAUAAUCUGCGAUCACAAGGUAGACAAGGAUUAAUAAUCGCUUUGACUGCGUUAGCAUAUAGAAAGUUAAAGAAUCCGAUGCGCUGGCGAUGUAUAGACGUAAAUCAAAUCCUUAACGUAGGCAACAAAGCUUACGAAGAAGUUAUAACGUGGAUUCAACAAGGUCGACCAAAAAUAAAAGAAGUGGAAGAAAAGAAAGAAGAAGAGGAAGAGGAGGAGGAAGAAGAGGAAGAAGAAGAGGUCGAAGAAGAAGAGGAAGAAGAGGAAGAAGAAGAGGAAAAAGAAGAAGAAGAAGAAGAAGAAGAAGAAGCUGUUGUUCGGAAAGUAGCACGUGCUCCGAGUCAUUUGGAUAUCUCUCUCUUACCUCCUAUAUUAAAACUAGCUGAGAACAACGUUUUUUUUAAAACAAGGAUGGACGUUGCUACUGGCGAUGCAAAUCCUUUGGCUAAUCUCGCGGAGGCUCUCGAGCGUUAUUUUGAACGAUAUACUGAAAUGAUAUUGGAAAACAAUAGAUUGAUGUAUGCCAUUUGGAAGGAGGAUGGAAAAUUCUUCCUCUUUAAUCCUUAUGGUAGCGAUCAAGAGGGAUGGCGUUUUUGGCAAUAUUCAGCUGGCUUCAAUGUAACCGAUCGUUUCAAUGAGUUGAUCAAACUGCUUUAUGGCAUCUUAGAAUACAACAAUUCGCGUUUCUCACUUCAUUUUGUAGCUGUGGACGCUAUAGAGCCAGGAAAGUACAAGUCGUCUGUGGAAAUCGUAAUACCGGAUGAGAAAACAGAAAAAUUUCAAACAAAGUUUCUUCCAAUUACUGAUGAUGAUUUACUAGAACUUGAAGAAAAGAAACUGGAUGUUGAUGUAGAAGUGAUAACGGAAUUUGUUGAUAAAAAGGAUACAGUAGAGGAGGAAGAAGAAGAGGAAGAGGAAGAAGAAGAAGAGGAGGAGGAAGAGAAGGAGGAGGAGGAGGAAGAGGAAGAGGAAGAGGAAGAGGAAGAGGAGGAAGAGGAAGAGGAAAAAGAAAAAGAUAAAGUGGAAGAAAAAGAAUUAGAUGAAUUUCUGAAAGAAGAUCCUACGUUAUUAGUCGAGGAAUCCGUGCAGCCUGAUGCACCUUAUCGCCUAAACUUGGCUCUCUUGACUUCCACAGUGAAGAUCCAAGAUCCGACUGAAGAAGAGUUAAAAAGCUUACCUGAAGAGGUAAUAAUGGAAAAGAUGAAGUACGAUCAUCCACCGCCGUACGUGAUGCCGCCAAGGGGAACUCUUCGCGUUUUGCUGGAAGCAAAAUUAGCCAACAAGUCGAUCCCAUCUCUAGUAUCGAGAUUCUCGAUUGACUCGAGAUUGGAAAUUAAGAAGGGUGAUGUUCCUGUGGACUCUACAUUAGCCACGAUCGUGCCAUUGCUUCGGGACACGAAACCUUCAAAGAUGAUCAAACUAUCUCUCAGGAAGUACUUGUAUUCGAGAUUGCCGCCUAUCCGUAUAAUGCCUUUAAGAGCUAUCGACGAGAGUUACAUUCAGGACAAAGAAAUUGAUAAAGCGAUCGACGAUCUUGAGCGAGAAAAGCUGAAGAAAAGGGAAGAAGAUAAGACGCUAGGGAAAUUACCGAAAGUAUCUUAUGUGAGAUUAGAAAUGAUACCACGUGGACCGAUAAUUAAGACGCCCGUUUUAGUGAUAAAGCAUCUAACAUAUCCUGAUGAGCGAAAGAGAGCGUUGAAAACUGAGGAAAUAGCACCUACUAUCACCGAUGUGGAAAAACUUCUAUUCAAGUUAAAAUUUCUGAAAUUUCAACUUGAUAUGCCUCUACAGCCAUUGGGCAAGAACAACGAUGUUAAAACGAAAAAGACGAAGAAGACGAUUAAUGCGAAAUACUUCGAUAAGAAACCAUUGGUCAAGAAAAAUGAUCAUAAUAUGAAAGAGAAAAAGAAAAUGAUGAUUAAAGAGGAAUACAUCGAUAAGAAACCAUUAAAUAAGAUAAAUAAUAAUAAAGCGAAAAAGAUGAAGAAAAUGAUAAUUAAAGCAGAAUAUUUCGAUAAGAAAAUAGACCUCCCGUCAUCGGAAAUUAUUGGUUUCAAAGUCGUGGAUGAAGAUACAGAGAUAAUACAAGGCAACUACAGUUUGUCGAAUCGUACAAGAAUUAAACCCUAUCACUUCAAAGCUUGCUUUAUUUCGGCUAUAUUAUGCAUUUUGGCUAAAGACAUACUAAAUGUAGAUCGCUUUUGCGACAGUAUUCUAGAUUAUUUGAUCUUUUCCGCUAAUAGCAUCGAUCAACAAAUCUGCAAACUGCGAUGCAAUGGAUAUAAAACAUUUGAUAAAGUAAUCGUUCUGGAUACAAAUUUCAACAUUAUUCUGAAAGAAAUCAUUUGUGCUAAUCCCGAGAGUUCUCCGUCCGACGAGCUUGAUGCGGUAGUCAGUAAAUUUCUAGAAAACAAUCAAAGUGGUAUAUUGGUAUUAGCAAAUUGCGCCUAUGCAUUUUGGACAGCGGACGAUAAAUACUAUCUCUUUGAUCCUUAUCCUUGCGACGUGAGGGGAAAGGCCAACGAGGAAGGCUACUGCUGUCUCAUGAGAUUUCGUAAUUUGAAGACCAUGCUCGACAGAAUUAAAGAAAACGCUGGUAAAACUGCAAGAAAACCUUUCCGUAUCUAUAGCGUAUUAUUUACUUACACAAAAAUGAAAAGACGGAAAGGUAUCGAACGUCGCCUGAAAUUAGAAGAGGUGACGAAAGAAUUGAUUUUUAGCAAAGAAAAACAGGAAGUAUUAACGCCAACAGUCCAGUCGGAAGUGUCUCUAAUCGAGUUAGCCGAGUGGGUUACUGCGGGCCCAGAACUGGAUCCGCAUUAUGACAUCGCGGUGGCCGGUUUUAUACCGAUGCGGCAUUACGAAGCCUCGAUGCUCGAGGAAGUUGUUUUGGAGAACGACAUUACGACGCCUACAUUAGCACCGUUCGAACUAUUUCUAGAUGAUGAAGAUCACGUAAAAAUGGCGAAGGAGAGAAUAAUACCGCCCGAGAGAAUAUUUCAUGACAACUCGUCCAUCCAGAUCCCAAUCGAUCUUUGUAUCAUGGCGUGGUCGUUGAUUCACGAUCCAGCCUCUUGGUCGGAACGCACUAUUGACGGCUUAAUCGAGGCCGCUACCGAUUACGCUUACGACAGCGUGUUGGCUAAUGAGGACACUUCCGUGAUUGAUAUGACCGAUGCGGUGUUACCGGAAUUCGAAAUAGCAAAUUACGUGUUUCGGGCAGUAUUUGCGCCGCUACACAAUGGGUUCUUAUACACCACGGAGGGAUGGAAUCUUGUAAUGACCCUGGAGAAAAUAUUCGAAACAGCGAUCUACACUGGCGCGAUUAUCGUUUGCAAUUCCGUUCACAUAGGUGUCACGAAAUGCGGCAAGAAUUACUUUGCCUGGUGGACAGUCACGGGGACAAAAAACCUGAGAAUAAUCGCGACCAGCAACUUUGACGAGUUUCUUAAGCUGAUCGUUAAAGUAAUCAACAUGCCGCAGACGAUUGGAUUUAUCGCAAGAGCGAUCACCAUAUCCCAUGCUCUGAAAAUGGCACCAGAUUUCAGCGAUGUCAAAGGUCUUCAUAAACCGAAAGUAACGACGGCGUCUCUACCAGAGAUUUAUCGGAAAGAGCUUCAGGAUUCUUACGACGUCAAAACAAUUUUCAAACCAACCGAUCCCAUAUCGAAACCGAUCUUCAUACUUGGAACGGUAGCUCUUCGCAAUCGCGACAGUCUACUGGAGCCGCAGAUGAAACGUUGCUAUUUCAUUGCGUUACUGGCUGUUGUAAUAAAGAGAGAUAUUGUUCAGUCCCCACUUCCUGGUAUGAUCGACAGAAUUCUCGAAGUGGCGGAAAAUUUGUACAGAGGAUUUCCUGCCGAGUCAAAAUUUCAUGCGGAGCAUAUCUUGCGAAAUGUUCCGCUGAUGAACAGGUUCUUUGAUCUUCGUGAUUGCGCGUUACCCUUAGUUGUACUGACAAUGAAUUCUCAGACUGGCAGAAAUGAUUUUUACGUGCAAGUGAAACAUCAUCUGAAACGUUAUUUUAAGAUGCACACAAGUGGUAUACUGCACUUUACAAAUUGCUGUUACGGCUUUUGGUACUCGAGAACGACCAACUGCUAUUAUUACCUGGAUCCCUAUCAAUGUGAUACGGAUGGCAGAAAGACUUGUGUCAACGGCAACGCCUGUCUCUGCAUCUUCUCUCGUGUACGUCAUAUGGUGAAACACAUGUGCCUCAAUCAGUACGAAGGCACGACUGGAUUCUUUCUCCAUAGAAUUCACGUGAAUUCCAUCAAUGCGCCGCCGUUUGAGAAAUUUCAGGAAGAUCCAAUGUGGCUCUAUUUGGAUUAUCACUGGAAUUUUACGCAUUCAAUUAUGAGAUCGCGUAACAAAGCGAAGUGCAGCGAUAGGUCAAAGGCCAAUCACCAAUUUUGGAAUAACUACGCGAUCGAGGUGAUAGGUCUAAUUUACUCCAUCUGGGGCACGAUCGGCGCUUAUGAUUGUCGGUUUGGUGAACGAGCCGGGAAAAAUUGUGUCGCUAUAUGCGUAGCUGUCCUGGCUAUGCGGAAUCUUUGUCAUCCUUCGCGAUGGAGUCCGGCGAUUCUGGACUCUGCCGUUAUUUGCGGAGAUUCCUACUACACGGAAAGUCUGAAGAGUUUAAUGAGAUGCUCGAAGCCUGAUAACAGGUUCGGCUUGCAAACUUCCUUCAAGAUAUUUCCACACUCAUGGACCAUUGAUUUCGGUACCAGUGUGUGCGGGAUUCUGUAUGGCGAACAGAAUAGCUUAACAUUAACCGACGCGCUGAACUUCGCCUUUGAAGAGGCGUGUACCGUUAUCAUCGAGUGCAACAGGAUUGCCUUGGCAGCUUUAGCGGCUAAAGACGCUUAUUAUAUUGCCGAUCCUUGCUGGAUCGGUCAGCCGUUGUUUUUGAGAAAUCGUGGCGCGAUCUAUGUUCUACGUUGCAAAAAUAUAAACGUUCUAAUAUACGUGAUCACAAAGAUGUUUAAUACCAAUCAGAGACUUACCGUAUACAUCACGCCGAUAAACCUCGCGUUUGACAGAGAAGACUUCGAAACGGAUCUAUGUACCACGAGAAGAAAGAUUCUGCCAACAGUUGUACAAAAAGUUCCGGGAAAAAUCAAAGACCCUCCCAUACCUAUUCCGGGAGCGGUCAUAGUACCCGAUGAGGAUUCUUACUUACACAUAUAUCGUCAGCACCUUGCCGAGGGUAUUGUCAGAGAUUCCCAGCUGGAAAGUUUACCACUUUAUUGUGCGGAAUAUGUACUGAAUCCCGAAAAUGUGAACAAUGCGCUUGUGAGCACCAAGUGGCGUAUGAAUCUCGGUCAAGCACGUUCCCGGAAAAGACCUAAGCUACCCUUGAAUUCUGUCGAGAUAAAGGAUGAUUUAUUAGAAUCUGAUUCUUUGACAAAUCUAUAUAAGACGCAAAUUUCCAUCACAGAUUUGAUUACCGCGAGCAAUCGUUAUCCAAGACCGAUAGACUUCGCCAGUAACGAGCCUCCUAGAAUAGAAACGCUCGAAAAUAUCAGCAAACGUAGCAUCAGAGAGCAAAGUCAUGUAGAUUUCGACAAGAACGUUGCGGAAAUAUCUCAGGAAAACUAUGCUAGUUCUCAGCAGCUACCCAAAAGUCUAAUUAAAACUGAGAUUUCAGAUAUCUCAGCGAAUGUAACAACCGAUAUAGAACAAGAAUGAUCAAAAGCGACAUGGAAUUUUACGAUAAGAAGUUCAUUUAAAGUAUAAAUGGAAGUUUAAACGUUUUUAUUCGAAAUUCUGCCGCAAAGACAGCAGAGAAAAAAGUAAGAUUAAUUAUUCUGAUUUCAUACGUAUCAACAUUAUGCAAAAUCGAUUUAUUUAAAAAUCUACUAAGGACUUUAUUUUAUCUCUUGGAAAACUACGCCUUAAAUUAAAAAUAAUAACUGAUAAAUAGAGAACAGAUAUUUUUCCGUCAAUUAUAAAAUCAUUAUCUUUUUAUAUACAUGUAAAAAUCACACAUAAUUACACCUGAUAAUAACACCUGAUAUACAGCUCUACUUAUAGAAAUGAUAUAUAUGUAUUAUGUGUGUGUGGCACGCAACUUUAUAUGUGUAU